UUGUUACUAGGCAACCCGCAUAGCAACAGUCCUCUGUUUGGGAUGUAGCUUCGCUGCUGGACAAACUGUUAACCUGGAGCCGUUUAACGUUAGAUGUACAGAUUAUUAAGCCGUGUAUUUAAAACUGUGCGAUUAAUAUUCUCUAAUGAAGCGGAUUAUGGCGUCUCCUGCGUGUUGAUGUGCGUGUGGUAACCUAGCAAAAAAGUCCUGUUCAGCGUGUAAGUUAGCUUAGCUGUUAGCCCGUGGCUGCUGAAACUGCUGCUUGAUAAAUGUGCAGAGGUGAAUGAACUAUGGAAGAGGACCAGCUGAAGCACCAGUUUCCCCCAUCGUGCCUCUUCUUGGAAAGAACUUUGGCUCUCAUCAAGCCAGACGCUGUCGAUAAGGCAGAGGAAAUUGAGGACAUCGUUCUACAGUCUGGCUUUACCAUUUUGCAGAAACAGAAGGUUCAGCUAAGUCCAGAGCAGUGCAGUGACUUCUAUGCUGAGCAGUAUGGAAAACUGUUUUUUCCGAGUCUGACAGCCUUCAUGAGUUCUGGUCCAGUCGUCGCCCUUGCUUUGGCCAGGCAUCAGGCCAUAUCUACCUGGAAAGCCUUAAUGGGACCAGCUAACAGUACCAAGGCCAAAGAGACGCAUCCUGACAGUUUAAGAGCAAAAUAUGGGACGUCUGAAUUGAGGAACGCAGUGCAUGGCAGUGAAACAUUCUCAGCAGCUGAAAGAGAGCUCAAAUUCAUGUUUCCCAACUCUGUGAUUGAACCUAUUCCAAUGGGUGAGGCUGCGAAAGAUUACCUGAGCAGGUUUAUUACCCCAACACUACUCCUCGGCCUUACUGAGCUGUGCAGGACAAAACCAGCUGACCCCUUGAUAUGGCUGGCUGACUGGCUGAUGACAAAUAACCCAAACAAACCCAAAGUAAAUGUUCAGGAUGCACCAUGAUCCAGAGAUAAACUUGCAUUACAUUGGGAAAACUGACCUUAUGAGUUUUCCAAGAGCAAUCCAACCAUUUUUGCAUUGAACGCUGACAAAAUAGCUUGAAGUAAAAAAAUAAAAUAAAAAUAAAGUGUUUUUUUGAGAAA